UAAUAGCCUCUUGAUUGAUCUUUUUGAAUAAAUUGUCCUGUUUAAGGUUGGACUUUCAUUAUCUGGCCAGCAGCGGUUGAAAUGCUGAUCGUGGGGCGCUUCAUUGUAGGCUUCUGCGGCGGCCUGUUCUGCGUGGCUGCUCCGAUGUACAUUGCCGAGAUUUCGGACACCAAAAUCCGCGGUUUGCUCAGUUCUUUCUUUGAGCUCUUGAUCUGCGUUGGUAUUCUCUUCAGUUACGUCAUCGGUGCUUUUGUUCCAGUCUUUUGGUUUUCAAUAGUAUGCGCGGUUAUACCAGUUUUGUUCGCUGCUUGCUUCUUCUGGAUGCCUGAGACGCCACAGUACCUUCUGAGAAGUGAAAAGGUCGACGAGGCCAGAAAAUCGCUGCAGUGGUUUCGCGGACCCUAUUGUGAUAUCAAGAAUGAGCUUGAAGACAUGAAGAAUGAUGGGGAGGAGGAAAAGAAAAAUAAGAUUUCAUUCAUCGCCAUGUUCCGCGACCGGCUAGCCUUGAAGGGAAUUCUAAUUGUGUUUGGUGUUUUCUUCAUGCAACAACUGUGUGGCUACAGCGCCGUCCUAUUCUAUGCCAACAGCAUCUUUGAGAGCGCUGGCUCCACUCUCGAUCCCAACAUCAACAGCAUCAUUGUCGCAGCCGUGCAGGUUGCAGCCACCAUUCCUGCAUCACUGGUCGUCGACCGAUUGGGAAGAAAAGUACUCUUGCUCAUUUCGGCGGUCGCAAUGGGCAUCCUCAUUGUUAUCCUUGGCUUCUACUUCUUUUAUCAGGUACAGCUCGUAAGCCAAGGAUGGCUUCCGGUAACCUUGUUGGUGCUGUACGUAAUUUUCUACUCAUUUGGUGCCGGCCCCGUUGCGUGGGUGGUCACCGCCGAGAUCUUCGCGCCGCAGGUGAAAGGGCCUGCCAGCGCGAUCGGUGCCACUUCAAACUGGCUGCUCGCCUUCCUAGUCACGCUGUUCUACGCAGAUAUGGUGGCUGCCCUGAAUAAUAACACCACUUUUUGGAUUUUCGGUGGCUGCUGCUUCUUGGGGGCAGCCUUUAUCCUUUUCGCUCUUCCCGAGACAAAGGGAAAAACAACUGCACAAAUUCUUAAAGAACUCAGAGGAAAAGAUCCAGUUGGGCAAAACGCGAACCUUCCACUGCACGCACUAGCCUGCAUUAAAAUGGAUAAAGGAGAGGUAAGCGCGAACACAAAUGGCAGUACCAAGACUCAGUACAUCGCCGCUCUUGCAGCGACGCUGGGCGCGAUGGCGUUGGGCACGGUUCUCGGAUGGUCAUCGCCUGCACAAACCCCAAUUCUUACUGGUGAAGUCUUCAGCUUUACUGUCAGCACGUCCGAGUUUUCUUGGGUUGGCUCCGUCGUAAAUCUGGGCGCUGCCGUAUCCUGCCUGCCAACCGGCUUUCUCGUCGAUUGGAUCGGAAGAAAAUACACCAUGCUUUUCAUCUCCAUACCUUUCGUCAUAGGUUGGGCGUUUAUUAUCUGGCCAGCGGCGGUCGAAAUGCUGAUCGUGGGACGGUUCAUCGCAGGCUUCUGCGGUGGCCUCUUCUGUGUGGCUUCUCCGAUGUACAUCGCCGAGAUCUCUGACACUAAGAUCCGUGGAUUGCUCAGUUCUUUCUUCCAGCUUUUAGUUGUUAUUGGAAUCCUCUUCAGCUACAUAAUUGGUGCCUUUGUUCCCGUUUUUUGGUUAUCCUUAAUAUGCGCAAUCGUGCCCAUUGCGUUCGCUGCUUGUUUCUUCUGGAUGCCUGAAACACCUCAAUACCUGUUGAGGAGAGGAAAGGUCGAUGAGGCUACAAAAUCGUUGCAGUGGUUCCGUGGCGCUCACUGCGAUAUAAAGAACGAGCUUGAAGACAUGAAGAACGCAGAGGAGCAGGAAAGGAACAACAAGAUUUCGUUUUUUGCAAUGUUCGGCGACCGUCUCGCCUUGAAGGGAAUUUUAAUUUUGUUCGGUGUUUUCUUCCUGCAACAAUUGUCGGGCAUCAAUGCGGUGCUGUUCUACGCCAACAGCAUAUUUGAAAGCGCCGGCUCCACCCUCGACCCCAACAUCAACAGCAUCAUUAUUGGCGCCGUACAAGUUGCAGCCACCGUCCCCGCCUCAUUGGUUGUCGACCGUUUGGGAAGAAAACUGCUUUUGCUUGUUUCCGCGGUAGCAAUGGGUGUAUUCAUCGUCAUCCUCGGCUUUUACUUCUUUUAUCAGAAUGAACUAGUGGAGCAAGGAUGGCUGCCAGUAACUUUGCUGGUGCUUUACAUUAUUUUCUUCUCGUUCGGCGCUGGUCCCGUCGUGUGGGUGGUGGCCGCUGAGAUCUUCGCGCCGCAGGUGAAAGGGCCUGCCAGCGCGAUCGGCGCCACUUCGAACUGGCUGCUUGCCUUCCUGGUCACGCUGUUCUACGCAGAUAUGGUGGCUGCCCUGAAUAAUUACACCACCUUUUGGAUUUUCGGUGGCUGCUGCUUCUUGGGGGCUGCUUUUGUCCUCUUCGUUCUGCCCGAGACCAAGGGCAAAACCAACGAGCAAAUCCUCAAGGAACUCGGAGCCAAGGACUAACUUAUCGCUAUAAAUUGUGUUGUGACGUAAGACUGCAUAUCACAUGUGUUGAAAUGAUUAAAAUUCUUAAGUGGAGUUCAACAGUAAUAUCAAUGCCACCUCACAAUGUGCACCUUGAAAAUGUUCCGAUGUUAAUUUUCCUGUUAUAAAUAGAUAAAUCACUUAUUUUACUCGAGCAAUUAAAAUGCAAUUGAAAUUGCUUUAUGAUAAG